GGACGCCCAAGGUCGGGGCUAGACAUGGCGAUCGCGGCUUGGAGACUGGCGCAGCGUUGGUGUCCGAGAACACCUAUGCAAUGAAGCGAAGUGGUCGCGUGCGCGGUAACGGCUGAGAAGCGCGCUCCACCUCCCUGGGAUGCCGGGAACCCAGCACGAAUCUGUGUAUAGGGAACAAAACCGGAACACGAUGGUGGCCUUAAAGUGGUGGAAUUAUGAGUGAUUUUCCAGACUUUAGUUAUCUGCAGGUCAUUAGUUUCCCAGUAGUUCAGCUGCACAUGAAUAGAGCAGCAAUGACAGCCAGUCAGAAGGACUUUGAAAAUGCGAUGAAUCAGGUGAAACUCUUGAAGAAGGAUCCAGGAAACGAAGUGAAGCUAAAACUCUACGCACUAUAUAAGCAGGCCACUGAAGGACCUUGUAAUAUGCCCAAACCAGGUGUAUUUGACUUGAUCAACAAGGCCAAAUGGGAUGCAUGGAAUACCCUUGGCAGCCUGCCAAAGGAAACUGCUCGGCAGAACUAUGUGGAUUUGGUGUCCAGUUUGAGUUCUUCAUUGGAAUCCUCUAGUCAGGUGGAGCCUGGAACAGACAGGAAAUCAACUGGAUAUGAAACUCUGAUGGUGACCUCCGAAGGUGGCAUCACAAAGAUCACAUUAAAUCGGCCAGCAAAGAAAAAUGCCAUAAACGUUGAGAUGUAUCAUGAAAUUAUGCGUGCACUUAAAGCUGCAAGCAAGGAUGACUCAUCCAUCACUGUCUUAACAGGAAAUGGGGACUAUUACAGUAGUGGGAACGAUCUGACUAACUUCACUGACAUUCCCCCUGGUGGAGUAGAGGAGAAAGCUAAAAAUAGUGCCAUUUUACUGAGGGAAUUUGUGGGCUGUUUUAUAGAUUUUCCUAAGCCUCUGAUUGCAGUGGUCAAUGGUCCAGCUGUCGGCAUCUCUGUCACCAUCCUCGGGCUAUUUGAUGUUGUGUAUGCAUCUGACAGGGCAACAUUUCAUACACCGUUUAGUCACCUAGGCCAAAGUCCAGAAGGAUGCUCCUCUUACACUUUUCUGAAGAUAAUGGGCCCGGCCAAGGCAACAGAGAUGCUUGUUUUUGGAAAGAAGUUAACAGCAGGAGAAGCAUGUGCUCAAGGACUUGUUACUGCAGUUUUUCCUGACAGCACUUUUCAGAAAGAAGUCUGGACCAGGCUGAAGGCAUUUGCAAAGCUUCCUCCAAAUGCCAUGAGAAUUUCAAAAGAGGUAAUCAGGAAUAGAGAGAAAGAAAAACUACACGCUGUUAAUGCUGAAGAAUGUAGUGUCCUUCAAGAAAGAUGGCUGUCGGACGAAUGCAUGAAUGCAGUGGUGAACUUCUUAUCCAGAAAAUCAAAACUGUGAUGACCACUAUAACAGAGUAAAGCAAGUCCAAGGAAGGAUGUGCUGUUUCUUCUGAUUUCCAGUACUUGAACUAAAUAAGCUUCAUUGUGCCUUUUGCAGCACUAAAAUGUCAAUUACAAUUGAUGAUAUUUCACUACAGCCCUAAUGAAUAAAAAAUUUUGUAAAACACGUUUAAGAAUUC